GGGAAGGCGAGUGUCGCGUGUGAUUCUCCGGUGAGUGUCUGGUGUUCCCGUGGAUCGUCUGAGAAGAAAGACCUGUAGCACAUUUGAAAAAUGCCUGCCAUCAAGAAUUUGAGCUGUGCUGUUAAACAUCUGUUGAACAAACCUGGCUGUGGUUGUCAGGUUGCUCUUGUGCCAGCUAGAGGUCUUAGCAUUUCACCCCGGCAGGUGCCAUCGGAUGCCAGCUUUCAUUCAGUAUGUUUUUCAGAAACUGAUCACCCUCGGGUGUUAAUUACAGGGGGACUUGGCCAGCUUGGAGUAGGACUUGCUAAAUUGCUACGAAAACGCUUUGGAAAGAACAAUGUGAUUUUGUCAGAUAUUAGAAAGCCCCCGGACAGUGUCUUCUAUAGUGGUCCUUUCAUCUACUCUGAUAUUUUGGAUUACAAGAAUCUUCGUGAGAUUGUGGUGAACAACAGGAUUACUUGGCUAUUUCAUUACAGUGCUUUGCUCAGUGCAGUUGGAGAAGCUAAUGUCCCUUUGGCAAGAUCUGUGAAUAUUACUGGGCUGCACAACAUUCUUGAUAUAGCUGCUGAGCAUGGUUUGCGACUCUUUGUUCCUAGCACAAUUGGUGCCUUUGGACCAACUUCCCCUAGGAAUCCAACCCCUGAUCUUUGUAUCCAAAGGCCAAGGACAAUCUAUGGAGUUUCCAAGGUUCAUGCUGAACUCAUGGGAGAGUACUAUCAUUAUAGAUAUGGGCUAGAUUUCCGGUGUCUAAGGUAUCCUGGCAUUAUCUCAGCAGAUUCCCAGCCUGGUGGAGGAACAACUGAUUAUGCAGUCCAAAUUUUCCAUGAUGCUCUCAAGACUGGAAAAUUCGAAUGUAAUCUUAAACCAGAUACCCACUUGCCAAUGAUGUAUAUCGAUGACUGUCUUAGAGCUUCUUUGGAGAUCAUGGAAGCACCUGCUGAGCAGCUGAGCAUGAGGACUUACAACAUCAAUGCCAUGAGCUUUUCACCUGAGGAGCUGGUUCAAGAGGUCCAGAAGCAUAUUCCAGAACUUGAAGUUUCCUACAAUGUAGAUCUUGUUAGACAAGCCAUUGCUGACAGUUGGCCAAUGGUUUUUGAUGACAACAAUGCCCGCCAAGAUUGGGGAUGGAAACAUGAUUAUGAUCUUCCAGACCUGGUGACCACCAUGUUCAACUUCCUUACCUCUGUCCGUUCCGUGUCCAGAGUUGCUCAAGUCAGCUAAGUCUUUAUAUGAUGCAGCCACCAGAUGUCUCAGAAACACUUCAUCUACUAAAAUUUGAAGAGCCUGCUUUUCGAACAUGAUCAUUGAUUUCUCAGUUCACUUUUCUUUUUGCUAAAGAAAUAUACAUGCAUAUACAGUAUAUUUGCUAAAGAUAUACACACAUACACAUACAUGCAUAUACUGAGAAAAAGUUUGUAUACACUUCUGAAAGCUGUCUAUACCCUCAGGAAAUACUUGUUCAUUAACUGCAGUUACUCUCCUAAUUCUAAAAGUUUAUUUGGAAUAUACUCUUUUUUUUGUUGUUGUUUUGUUCUUUUAUAGGGCUAUACAUGCUUCAGUAAGAAUGUGGAAGGUGUACUUUGGAACUCAUAUGAACAUAUCAUCCUUUUGCUAUUCAUUCAAGCUUCUGUCAAGCUUGAGGCUGACAUUCUGUUUUUAAGGAUUCUAUUCAAGCCUGACCAAAAAUGCUUCUGUAGAAGGCUG